GAGGAACCGCCGGGGGAGAGGUCCAGGAGCAAGCUAGGAGAUGGAGGAGCAGGGUUCGCUUCCAUAGAAACGAGCUAAUUGCCGAAGAAACGGCCCCAGACGGGGGUCGCGCGGGAGCUCGCGCCGCCGGUUUGAACCGGCUUCGCCUCUCCCGUGUGGGGCUCGCGUGGCCGCAGCGCCUAGCGACCUAGACAGCGGCCAAUGGCGUGGCAGUUCCUGUGCCGUCAGGCCAAUGAACGGGCCGCGGGCGGGCCGUUCCGGAGCUCCGUGCGCUGAUCUUGUGGUUAAGGGAGCCCGAUCUGGGGAAGGGUCUCCAGUGAGCGCGGGCGGGCGGGCUCCGGUGAGGGUCCCGGGGAGUGGCAGCCGUAAGGUGGCUGCAGAGAGGAGCCCGAGCCGGAGCCGGGUCGCCGCGUCUCUCCUCGCCAUGGCGCCCACCCUGGCCACUGCCCAUCGGCGCCGCUGGUGGAUGGCCUGCACGGCCGUGGUGGAAAACCUCCUCUUCUCGGCAGUCCUCCUGGGCUGGGGCUCGCUGCUCAUCAUGCUCAAGUCGGAGGGCUUUUACUCCUACCUGUGUACUGAGCCAGAGAAUGUCACCAACGUCACAGUGGGGGCCACGGCAGAACCGGAGCCUGAGGAGGUGAGCCGGAUGAAUGGCUGGCUCAGCUGCAAGGCCCAGGAUGAGAUGCUAAACUUGGCCUUCACCGUGGGCUCCUUCCUGCUCAGUGCCAUCACUCUGCCCCUGGGCAUCGUCAUGGACAAGUACGGCCCGAGGAAGCUCAGGCUGCUGGGCAGUGCCUGCUUUGCCGUCUCCUGCUUGCUGAUUGCGUAUGGAGCAAGUAACCCAAACUCUCUCUCUGUGCUCAUCUUCAUCGCCCUGGCUCUGAAUGGCUUUGGUGGGAUGUGCAUGACUUUUACCUCAUUAACACUGCCCAACAUGUUUGGUGACCUUCGGUCCACAUUUAUUGCCCUGAUGAUUGGAUCCUAUGCCUCCUCGGCGGUCACCUUCCCAGGAGUCAAGGUCAUCUAUGACUUUGGCGCCUCCUUCAUUGUCAUCCUCGUGGUCUGGGCUGGCUGCUCUGGGCUGGUUUUCCUCAACUGCUUCUUUAAUUGGCCCCUGGAGCCCUUCCCAGGGCCAGAGGACAUGGACUACACGGUGAAGAUCAAGUUCAGCUGGCUGGGCUUCGACCACAAGAUCACAGGGAAGCAGUUCUACAAGCAGGUGACCACGGUGGGACGCCGCCUCAGCGUGGGCAGCUCCAUGCGGAGUGCCAAGGAGCAGGCGGCCCUGCAGGAGGGCCACAAGCUGUGCCUGUCCACCGUCGACCUGGAGGUCAAGUGCCAGCCCGAUGCCACAGCGGCCCCCUCCUUCAUGCACAGCGUGUUCAGCCCCAUCCUGCUGCUCAGCCUGGUCACCAUGUGUGUCACGCAGCUGCGUCUCAUCUUCUACAUGGGUGCCAUGAACAACAUCCUGCAGUUUCUGGUCAGCGGCGACCAGGCCGUAGUGAGCCUCUACACCUCCAUCUUCGGGGUGCUCCAGCUUCUGUGCCUGCUCACCGCCCCCGUCAUUGGCUACAUCAUGGACUGGAGGCUGAAGGAGUGUGAGGAUGCCUCUGAGGAGCCCGAGGAGAAAGACACCAACCAAGGUGAGAAGAAGAAGAAACGGGACCGGCAGAUCCAGAAGAUCACCAAUGCCAUGCGGGCCUUCGCCUUCACCAACCUGCUGCUCGUGGGUUUUGGGGUGACCUGCCUCAUUCCCAACCUGCCUCUCCAGAUCCUCUCCUUCAUCCUGCACACGAUCGUGCGAGGAUUCAUCCACUCGGCCGUUGGGGGCUUGUACGCUGCAGUGUACCCUUCCACACAGUUUGGCAGCCUCACGGGCCUGCAGUCCCUGAUCAGCGCCCUCUUCGCUCUCCUGCAGCAGCCCCUGUUUCUGGCUAUGAUGGGUCCCCUCCAGGGAGACCCUCUAUGGGUGAACGUGGGCCUGCUGGUGCUGAGCAUGCUGGGCUUCUGCCUCCCCCUCUACCUCAUCUGCUACCGGCGCCAGCUGGAGAGGCAGCUCGAGCAGAAGAGAGAGGAUGACAAGCUUUUCCUCAAGCUCAACGGCUCAUCCAACCGGGAGGCUUUUGUGUAGCGCCUGCCGUCUCGGGAUCAUGGGCUCCCGCCCUCUCGCUUCAGUGACUCGCAGAGUCCUCGUCCCCCCCCCCCCGCAGAGGACCUCCACGCACUCCUGCCCACCGGCCCCCAACCCCAGGAUCCUGUCCUUCACUGUGUUGGAGUCCACGCUCCCUCCCAGGGCCCUGGUCCUGCCUCGGAGCUCUGCGGUGGACAGACGGAUGGGAGAGGGCCCAGACACGCACUUCUCCUCCUGCUGGAGGCAGGGAGGCUCUGGACUUCACUCCACCACCCUCGAGGGGCCCUUGAGCCUCGGGGCUCCGUGGUGCCUGCGGGAGGAGCCAGGAGGACCCCCCAGGGCUGGCAGACCCUCUCUCCUGAAGUGUGUCCGGAUUCUGCCUCUAGCCAAAGCAGAGGGGUCUGCCAUCCACUGCCCACCUCCUGCCCCUCAGCUGCAUGUCCACUGACCACGCCUGCCUGAGGACAAAGGCUUGCACUGUCUGCACACCCCCCACCCCCACCCCCGGCCUGGCCCCUCACCUCCUCCCCUGGCCAGUCUGAGCUGCCUGAGGAAGGAAGGACCCGCUUCCUGUUGUUGGUGCUAACUCCUUUGUGAUUCCAGCCCCCUGUGGCCUGUCCAUGGCCUGUCCUCCUGUUCGAGGCCUGUGGGGAAGCGCCCCCCCCACCCCGCCCCCUGUCCCCUCCGGCUUAGCCUGGGAAGGGUCUGGAGGGCGGGAUGGUCAUGUGGGAGCCAUGGACAAGGCCGGGGAGCGGUCCUUUCCCUCUUCCCUCAGGGCUUGAGUGGGGGCAUGUCUCCACCACCACCCUCUGUCCAGGCUGUGACCUGAAGGGAAUUAAGGGGGCACCAGCUGGGCAUCACACACACACACACACACACACACACGCAGCUGUUUUUGUAGGGGGUGGAAGGAGGCUGCAGCUGACAGUCCUGGAGGUCCAGGCCUGGGAGGGGAGGUGAAUUUGUGAGAGGCCUGGGGGUGUGGAUGUGUGGGCUGUGUGUGCAUGUGCUAUGUAUGAGAGAUGUGUGGAGGGGUGGUGGCAGGGUGGGGCUCUGGGUGUCUGCACUUACCCUCCCAGAGCUGCCCCCAGCUGGCCAGGCCCGCAGCAAGCCCAGCGCUCGGGAGCCAGCCCCGCUCAAGGCCCAGAGCCUGUCUGAGGCUGCAGGGCCACAGUGCCCCCUGCUGGCAGACUCUCCCAGGGGCCCUGGAGCUGUUAACGUGGGCGAGGCCACCUUUCCUCUGCCAGGCAGGCCUGGCUUACCAACUCACCCACCUUGACUGCGCUCAGAAAUGUGUCUGAGGCUUCCUGGGAGUUCUGAGAGGGGUGGGUGGGUUUUUAGGUUAUUUGUUUUAAGUUUUAUCAGACUCCUUUUUAUAAAGCAAUAAAUCCAUUUCCCUACUGGUAAGGGAUGCCCCCUUCUAGCAUAUCAAUUCAUGACUCCAUGUGCCUGUUUUGAGCUUGAAAAGAAAAGGCAGGACAAAGUUUUCUGCCACUGGCCAGCCCCAGUUGUCCCCAGCUGCCGACUCUGGGUACCGUCUCUCUCUGGGUGUGAUUGCCGUCUUGGGGGGGCAGUGGGCCAGGAAAAGACCUUCCUCCCCUGCUCCAGCCCUAACACAUCAGGCCUAUGCAGACACCUUAGAAGUGUGGCCACCCCCUCCUCUGCUGCUUAUCCUAGCCAGCCAGGCUAAUCCUGACCCCCUGUCAUCCCUGCUCAGGCUUCUUGUCACCACUCAGCCACACUUGGGAUUCCUCCUGGGUUCAGGACGCAGGGUGACCCCAGACCAGCCGCAGCCUCAAAGACAGCAGGAGCAGGAUGUGGCAGGAGGAAUGGGCGGUGACAGGAAGGGGCAGACGCAGGCCCCGACCUGCGCUGCUGGUCACAGUUGAGCCCCUGAAAUUCACCUCAUCUCCCUAGGCUUCAUCCACGCAAAUACUCAAAAGCAGGUAUUUGUUUUAAACAAUUUUUUUUAAAAAGGAGAGAGCAUAAAAUGAACAUUUCUCCCAAAACAUUCCUAACAAUGCUCAUUCUGGGAGAUGUUAAGGUUAUUUUAAUUUUUAAAAAAAGUUUGGGACUUCCCUGGUGGUCCACUGGCUAAGACUCUGUACUCCCAAUGCAAGGGACCUGGGUUCAAUCCCUGGUCAGGGAGCUAGAUCCCACAUGUCACAACUAAGAAUCCAGUGCAGCCAAAUACAUAAUUUAAAAAAAGAUUUGUAGUCAGAUUUGGGAAAUGCUGGACAAGGUCACGUUAGCUCAGUGCUGGUGGGCUAUGCUCUCCAGAGGGGUGUGGUGGGCAGCUGGGGAGUGGUUUUAACAAUCCCAGCCACGCCCCAGAGUGGGGCCCAAUGACCACCUGCAGCAGGAGCUUUUGGGGUGCUUGUUAAUAACAUAGCCCCUGGGUCUUGCCUCUGACCUAGAGGGAAACUAAAGUCUAUUCUUUACUAGCCCCACCUGGUGAUUCUGGUGCCCCCCCCCCCCAACAUUUGAAACCCCCUACCAAUGGAGUGCAGUUUGGGGCCAGGCUGAUUAGUAAGGGCCCUUCCCACUGGGAAGUGUGCUGAGGCCAUGCGGACACAGCCUGUGUUGUGCCCAGCAUUCCCCAGCCCAGCCGAAGUGGGAGCUUCGGCCUCUCUCGGCCCCCUGCCUGCAGGGUGUGUACACGUUGUGGAAAGAAGCAGGCAUUAAGAAACCAGAGUUCAGGGUGGAAAACAGUCCGGAGCCAAUAGUGUUUGGGGCUUAGAGACAUGAAAAGGAGGGCAGGGUACCAGAGGGUCUGGGUCCACAUGUGCCGCGCACCCGCCACACACUACUUGCCAGUCAUUUUACUCUGCCUGCAGGGUUGAUGGGCUACAUAUUUCCCCAUUGCCAUCACUGAGGCAUGCUAAGAAGCCCAGAGUUGAUACACUCCCCUCCCUAUUUUACAGCUGGGAAAAUUGAGGCCUGCACAGGUGGAGUAACUUGCUCAUGGUGAAAGCCAGCACUCGAAUAUGGUCCUAAUCAUUGGAGCAGCCACGGCCCUCUAGAUCAGGACAGUCCACUCGGAGCGGCAGCCUGGGGGCCGCCAGGCCUUAGGAUCAAGACGAAACAGCCUGAGGAAGGGAAACACACACAGGCGAGGUCUCCUUUUCUUGGAGCCAAGAGCUUCCUCAGAGAGAGUGGGGUGAGCUGUACGUAGUAGAGUCAUCUUGGCCCUAGAGGCUGACGGUAACUUGGGGGAGGAAGUCUCUGGUCACCCAGCCAUGAGAGCAGUGCCCUGGGAUGCGGAAGGGACCAUGGGCUGGUCAAAGGCAGCGGUCAUCAAUGGCCUGGGCCUUCCAUCAUCCCCCGGGUUUUCCAGGUUCCUGGUGGGAAGGAAGGAGCAGGCAGUGGUGCCCGGUCCAGGGCGUUCAACUGGAACAAGAAGCCGGGUCAGGCCAGCCUCAGGAGUGUUCCCAGGAGCCCCCUCCUCUCUGUCUCCCGGGGCUUGAGUCCAGGUGAGCCUUUGUGGCUGCCUUCCUCCAAAGCCUCUGGCCUCUGCCUGCGGCUCUCGCUGCCUGGGCCUGUCGUCAGGAAGGUUCCCACCCUUGUGAAGUCCACAGGUGGGGUUGCGGGUUGCGGGUUGCGGGUUGUGGGUUCCUUUCUGUUUUGCUCCAUCUCGUGUUCCCUCUUGUACUCAGUGUCAGCCUGGUGAGAAGAACUCAAGCCCUCUUUGUUCUGGCCCCGGGCUGAGAAGCACGAGGGCCUCCCUCUGCCCUAGGCCCCAGGCACGCUGAGGGUGGGGAGGUGGCCAGUGUUGGGAGUGCAGCACCGUCCCAGACAACCGCACACACGUUCAGUUGGCCCAGUGGAGUUUUGUUUCUUCUUAUAUCACGAUAAUGCUUUGAAUUUUUCAGCUUCUUACAGUACUCACGUAACAGAAACUGACAAAUCCAUGUUGUUGUUUAGUCCCUCAGUCGUGUCCGACUCUGUGCGACCCCAUGGACCGUAGCCCACCAGGCUCCUCUGUCCAUGGGAUUUCACAGUCAAGAAUACUAAAGUGGGUUGCCAUUUUCUUCUCCAAGGGAGUUGGUUUUUGUUUUAUCUUUUGGCCCCGCCAUGCAGCAUGUGGAAUCCUAGCUCCCCUACCAGGGAUUGAACCCACACUGCGUGCACUGGAAGCUCGGAGUCUUAACCACUGGACCACCAGGAAGGUCCUCGGGUGGGGAGUGGGCGGUGGUUAAUGCAUUUGCACAUCCAUCCAUCUGUGUGACUUUAAACAGAUAUGCACCAGGGGCAUGUGAUCCAGAGGGGUCAGGCUGUGGGCCCGCCAUGGCAAGAGGCUCUGGUCUCUGAGCUCUGAGAAGUCUUCUCAACAGAGUCAGGCUUCUGGGGCUGUUUAACCCACAGCUUCCCUCCCUCUGAGGGGUAAUACAAUGGAUUUUCGUGAGUUCUGGGGCAGGAAGGCGUCUUAACUGUGGGGUUAGCAUUAGGAGCCCAGGACCCUGAAAGUGAGGAGGUGGGUUUUCCACAGGCUGUGGGGCUCCCUGGGAUUGGGGUGGGGUCAGGGUGAGCGGGCCGGUUCUGGGAGCCUGUCCCCGACCCAGGCCCUGACUCACCCCAAACCCUGGGCUGAGGAUGUCUGGAAGGAGAUGCAGCGUCCUCCACGUCGGUGGCCGACUGCAGGGCAGACCUCUCCCAUCUGUGCCCUUGGUCUCUGCAGGCAGCACUUCCAGCCCUGGAGUCAGACUUUCUCAGCCUCCCAAGCAGAUCCAAGACCAAACCAGGGCUUCUGGCUGCUUAACCGUUCCCAGAGUGAGACUCUAUCUCCCUGUGCUGAGGAGGUGAUGAGGGAAGGGCAGAGGUUAGAGGCCCCACCAAGCCUAUUAUCUCAUGACCAUAGACAAAUCUUGAGCCUCAGUUUCCUCAUCUGUAAAAUGGAAGCAUUACCCCGCCCCGGGAGAUUCAGUGGACAUGGACGUCAAGCAGUUGCACGUUAUUGUACCUGGUACUUAGUAGGCACUUGACCCUGGAGCGGGGCAGAGAGCACGGGACAGGGAGCACCUCCACCCCCCUUCCCCCACCCACGUAACAGGACAGACUUCAGGCAGCUCUGACUGGGACUUGGCCAAGUAAAGGAAGUGAGGUCCGUUUCUUCUGAUCCCUCCCCCUCUCAGGACCACCCUCUCUCAGCAAAAGCCUUAAGAAGUUGUCCCCCUGUUCACUUUGACGUCUUUCACGUUUUGGUAAGAGACUUGGCCAAAAAGCUUCUCAAGAUAAUCUCUAAAUGGGGGUGUUCGGGCACUCUUGACAGUUUUAUGUUGAGGUGGGUGACUCAGAGCACGGCUUGUGGACAACACCUUCACGCCACCUCCUUGUAAAACCGCUCGGCAUGCCUCUGUGUGCGUGUGUGUGCAUGUGUGUGUCGAAGUCUGGGGUGUAAUUCCAGGCACAUCGGGUGUGAAUGUAUUUAGAGGAGCGUGUGGGAGCUUACCUCUCCUUGGACAAAAAGAGAGAGGGUCACACCUUGCUGAAUCUCUCUUGGUGGGUGGGAAGGUCCAGGCUCUGUCCGAGGACCCAGCCUGGCCCUCAGAGUGGUGCCUGAAGGGUUAAUCUGUUCCCGUGUCAACCGGGGUCAAUGUGUUGUCACUGACAGCUCGGCAGCUGACCCUGACUCUUCCUGGCCCUUCGCUGUUUCCAGCACCUGGCUUACUUCCUGGCACACAGUAAGCACUCAAUAAAUGUCUGCCAAGAAUGGCUAAGAACUGCUUC